UAAAUACUGAAAGUCACAUCAGUUCGUGAAAAGCAACAGAAGCAUAUACUUCACUUGGAAUUUCGUGUUAAAAUAUUUAAGUAAAAUAAAAUUAAAUAAAAAUGGUUCGUCGUGGACGUUCUGCUAGCCCACCACCAUCGGCCAGACGCAGCGCACCUGCGCCCGCCCCUACUCAACAUGUGCCAGCACGUGCCGCUGCACCACCACAGCCACCGGCACCCGUUGCCGCACCACCCAGUGCGGUUGGUAUGCCGCAGCCGCAGCAGCCAUCGAUGUUCCAACAAAUGGCUGCCACUGCUGGUGGCGUAGCCGUCGGAUCGGCCAUUGGCCACACCGUCGGCCAUGGCCUCACAUCGAUGUUCAGCGGAUCUGGUGAUAAGGAAGCAGCCGCACCAGCGGCGGCUGCUGCACCACCGGCACAACAACAACAAUACUAUGCACAGCCGGGACAGCAAGCCAAUGAGCCGCAAGGUCCCUGCUCCUGGGAAAUCAAACAGUUCCUUCAAUGCGCCCAAGGUCAAUCCGAUUUGACGCUCUGCGAGGGCUUCAACGAGGCGCUGCGGCAAUGCAAGGUCCAGCACCACUUACAAUAAAGGGAAGAGUGCAAGGAGCGGAGAGCAACAACAACUAAUACGAUAACCACAUAAUGCAGACGGCGAGGGAAAAGCAGCAAUCGUUGCCCGUUAUCAAACACUUUUAGCCAAAAAAAAAAAAACAACCCAAAAACCAACCUUUAAUUUUGCGGCAAAAAUGUUGAGUUAUAAACAAAAAAGUUGCUUUUUCGUUUAGUUUAAUAUGUAAAAAUUCUUGUUAAGCAGCAGUACGUUUAUUUUAGUAAAAACAAAUUGUUAAAGAUCCUAUAAAGCUUGAAUAUAUAGAGAACUACUAGCGGCGGCAUUGCUGCGAAAAUCAA